AUGUAUGGGCCGAUAGCGGCUGUGACGAAGUCUUUGAGCGAGAAAGAAUGGAGUGGCAGUCUCCCAUUUCUUUGUGAGCUAUUCAAGCAACGGCAGGAUGCUGAUGCCCUUAUAUCGGAAUACGCUGUAGAGGCAUGGAACAAGCUGCUUGGUGAGGCCAGAGUCAGGGCUCAACGCGAUCCUUCCUUUACCUGGCUUCCAGAGUUUGAUCAGCCUUUAGUCCUCUCCCCCAGCGAGAUUCUUCGUUUUGAGCAAGGAUUCCUUAGUUACGACUAUGGUCGACACGAUAUAUACUACGAUUUUGAACGCCUAGACGGUACCGUGCGGCCAGAAAUGUCAAGACCUGCGUGGGACCAUCGUCCUUCAGACCUCGAGGGGUUCAAGGAGGUACGAUGGUGCUUGCGCUCAUUUGAAUCCGUUUUCCAUUUCGUUUUCGGCAAAUAUCGCGAGCUCAUGCAUCGUGUCGAUGGGGAGCUUCGUGGAAGAGAAACCCUCGAUGGGGGCGUAUCUCGUGGGGGAGACACUCGAGUUCGCCAGUUCCUUGAAAGGACAACAUAUCAAGAGCACAGGUGCCUCAUCUUCCUCUCUAUACAAGAUUAUUCCCUCCUACGAAAUCUACGGCGUAUGGACCAAGCCCAUGCUAGGCACUUUAUCCUGACGACGUUCCUUUGGGUCACUUUGCGCGAUGCGACGGGAUAUUUGCCACUCGAAUACACGUUCAUGCGUGACAUCGAUCAAUAUGGCUUGCUGAUCGAUACACCUCUCAAGCCGAUAUACGAACCUUGGACCCGAGCAAGAUACUUCUGGGAUCGAGAGCGGAUGGUGAAGAUAUAUGGGAAUCAACGGUAA